GGGUUCGAGGGGCGGAGAAGCUGCGUACGCGCGAGUAUGCGAUCCUGCGUGCGCGCGAGCGCGCUAGCCGCGUGUACUGUAUGUGUGUCGGUCCCGCUUAGCCGCUCGGGAUGAUCUGACUUGGGAGUUUUCGCCGACGCAACUACUUGACUCCUUCUGCCUCCUCUUCCUUUCCUGCGUGGGUUGCUCGCCUCCUCUCCUCCGUUGUCCUCUUCUCGUCCCGGGAAUGUUGACCACCGCGGCCUGAACCGGUGCUGCACACCCCCCCAGCCCCCGCCCUCGCCGCUCGCUUCACCUCCACACGGCCGUGCGUGUCCGAGACGGUCGGAGCCUGGCUGACUGUGAGGAUAAACUUCUUUUGUCUGCAUUCACUGGAAUAGAACACAAAACGAGACGACCUUCCCAAAGGGACUCUUCAUUUUCUUCCAUGAUCAGUUCUUGAAGGUUCGUCUUCCAGCUGGACUGAUCCAACCGAAUAGGUUAUACAAAAGAAGUGAACAACUCAAAAACAUGGCUGUGGCUGGAUGUCCUGAUUACUUCCUGCAUCAUCCCAAUUAUCCGCAGGACAAUAUAGAUCGGUCCACCAAUCACAGACAGGCGAACCUCAUUGGCCCGGGCUUCCAACAGUCAACCAAUCACACUUCACCAAGCCAUCAAGAGGAUGAUGUUGAUUUAGAGGCCCUGGUGAAUGACAUGAAUUCUUCCCUGGAGAGCUUAUACUCCACCUGCAGUGGCCAGCAGACAGAUUCUACAUUGCUACUUCAAAACGGACAGACCUCAGCUUCUUCCCAGCAAUACCACAACCACCAUCGCCCCAGCACACACCACACGCACGUGCGGCAGGGUCACCACGUGCUAAGCCAUUCCUCAUCAGAACCGCCCUCCUCCACCGACCUACCCCAAGCAAGCCUACGACGCUCACAACCCAUGCACAUCCUGGCAGUGCGGAGGCUGCGUGAGGAGCAGCAACAGCUAAGGACCUCCUCUCUCCCUGCCAUCCCCAACCCCUUCCCUGAGCUCUGCAGUCCGGCCAACUCACCUGUGCUCAGUCCUGGGUCGCUACCACCCAGAGAACCCUCCAGUGGCACAUAUAUUGUUAAGAUCUCCACCGAAGACGGCAUGGGCAAAGUGGUGGAGAUCCCAGCCGACAUGACGGCCAGGGACCUUUGCCAGCUCCUGGUUUAUAAAAGCCAUUGUGUAGACGACAACAGUUGGGCACUUGUUGAGCACCACCCGCUGCUGGGGCUAGAGCGCUGUCUCGAGGACCAUGAGUUGGUGGUUCAGGUCCAAGCUUCCAUGAUCAGCGACGGUAGAUUCCUCUUUCGGAAGAACUACGCCAAAUAUGAAUUCUUCAGAACCCCCCAGACAUUUUUCCCAGAACACAUGAUUGCGUGGUGCCAGGAAGCCAAUCGUCCCAUCCCACCAUCGCAGCUCUUGCAGAACUUUCUAGCAACCAGUAGUUGUCCCGAGAUUCAGGGUUAUCUGUAUGUCAAGGAGGUGGGCCGAAAGUCGUGGAAGAAAGUUUACAUGUUCCUGCGGCGCUCAGGACUCUACUGUUCUACAAAAGGAACCUCAAAGGAGCCCAGACAUCUCCAUUUACUUGCAGACCUUGAAGACAGUAACAUCUUCACUGUCAUCACAGGCAAAAAGCAGCACGGUGCACCCACAGACUACGAGUUCUGUAUCAAGCCCAAUAAAUGCAGAGGAGAGUUAAAGGAUUUAAGGAUUCUGUGUGCUGAAGAUGAACAAGGCAGGACAUGUUGGAUGACCGCCUUUAGAUUGUUUAAGUAUGGGAUUAUAUUGUACCAGAAUUACAAGAUUCCCCAGCAAAGAAAAACCCUGCUUUCACACUUCUCAGCACCCGUGCGAAGUGUAUCCGAGAACUCUCUGGUGGCCAUGGAUUUUUCCGGAACUAUAGGCCGCGUCAUCGACAACCCAGUGGAAGCGCAGAGCGCCGCCAUGGAGGAAGGACACGCGUGGAGGAAGAGGAAUCACCGAAUGAACAUUUUAGGCUCCCACAGUCCAUUGCACCACUCCUCACUAAACUCAGUCAUCCACAUAGCCCAGCUGUGGUUCCAUGGCAGAAUAACCAGAGAAGAAUCCCAUCGCAUUGUCCACCAACAGGGUCAAGUCGAUGGCUUGUUUCUGCUACGAGUCAGCCAGAGCAACCCCAAGGCUUUCGUGCUCACGUUGUGCCAUCACCAGAAAAUCAAACAUUUCCAGAUAUUACCGUGUGAAGAAGACGGACAAGUCUUCUUCAGCCUUGACGAUGGUGCCACCAAAUUCACCGACUUGAUCCAGUUGGUGGAGUUCUAUCAGCUCAACAGAGGAGUGCUGCCUUGUAAACUCAAACACCCAUGCACCGUUGUGGCCUUAUGACCCCUCCCAUGACCCGACCCACUGGGCCUGCAAUCGCAGCCCCUGAAAACCCCCUCCCCUCCCAACCCAGGCCCCCUCCCCCUUUCACUUUACCUGACUCUGCCCAAAGCAGAGCGAAUGUUAAUAUCGGUUGAUUCUUCUAAGAGGUUUGUGAAUUGACUGGUAUUUCAUUGCUCUUUUUUUCCCUGUUAUUAUUGUGGAUGCAAGUCUGCCAGAUACUGCUGAUUCAUCGGCUUCCUUUUGGGGUGUGUUUGAAUGUUACCGAAUUGCACGCAGAGUUGCGUAGUCAAGAGCAGAGAGAGGAUGAACAUGAACACUGCCAUUUACGCCGUUGCUUUUGCAAAAACUGGUCGUUGUUAAGCUGGGGACUGGAUGACCCUCCAAGAUUUGGAAUCUCGCAGCUCAAGUGAAAGCUGUCGCUCUCAUGUGGACAAUCAGCAGGACAAUGAACCCUCUCACGUGUGGACCACUCUGCUCUUUGAGAACUGGAGUCUCGUUGGAACUUCUCUUGGCUUGUGUUGAUUGUCUCUUUUUGUUUUGCACUCAUCCAACUGGGAGUGGCCUUUGUGGGUGCUGGACUUCUCCGUUGUUGGCUUUACUUUUAACUGUGAGAUGAUGUCACCACCCUCUACUGUCGGAGGCGUGUAAAGACAAGACUUAACUCAGCAUUGCAGCCAGAACAGAAAGUGAUUUUGUUUUUGUUUUUUUUUUUUUUAGUCUUAUUUUUUACAGAUGUACGUGUGUGUGUGUGUGUGUGUGUGUGUGUGUGUGUGUGUGUGUGUGGUCUGGACAAAUGAAUCUGCAGAAGGUGGUUUAUGAACACUCUUGUAAUGGUGAAUUUUUUUUUUUUUUAAUUGGCUGUCAAUACAGAAUAUGUUUGGUCCUUCUUCAUUUAUUUGCAAAGAGUUUUCAUUUUUGAACCCAUCCUUUUGCAAUAGUCUUAACAUUCUGAAUGUUUGGCUCUUCGCUGUCCACAUACGCUGCACAGUCCUGUGCAGUUGUUGGUAAGUUAAUGAACUUUUUCAGAAGAAAUAAAAUGUAAAUAAGUGUCAGUUAUGGACAAACUUAAUACAAUGUGCACAUGUGUCUUUUGGCAAGCGUUUAGCAUGAUUUCUUUUAAAUACGCGUUUUAUAGAGCAGGCAGGAUGUUAAGCUGGUCGGCACAUAAGAAAACAAUCAGAUGCUUUAGAUCCUGUGGAAAAUAUCCUCUUCAAAUCUCAACUGUCCUCUCUAAAGACUUCCAGAUGCUGUUACACGGUGCCUGUAAACAUUCAUCAAACUGGAAAUAUAAAUGGAUGUGCUCUAGAUGACGCACGUUACUGUGCAUCCCAUUUAUUGUAAAUCAACCUUUCUUAUAAACAGUGUGAACAGUGCACUCAAAUGGACAUCAGAUUGAUGACAACAACAUGCAAAAUGAGCAUUCCAAAUAUCAUGUGUGGCUUUUUUUUUUCCUGUCACAAGUGAUUUUGCAGAUUGCCAUUUGGCAUACUGUCGCACUGAUAACCUUUCUGUUGCCCUAACAGAUUAAAAAAAAACAAACAACGAAGAAGAACCCAUGUCUGCAUACAGAUAAUUGACUUUGAGAUGUAUCAAAAGCACAUAUUCUAAAGCUCAAUACGUAACAGUGAUACUUCAUAAGACUAGUAUAGAAAUAUGACGGACACAGAAAAAAAAACAGAUUUUUUUACCUCACAUUUUGGCAGGUCUGUAUAAAUAUAAACCACAAAAUAUUAGGAACUUAGGUCAGUUCCAAAUAGCACUGUUUUUUAUUGAUAUGUUCCUAUCAAGCGGCUGUGAAGAGGGACAUCCAGGAUGGUAAAAAUGUGAAAAUGACUGUAGUUGGCCUUCCGCCUUUGCACACCAAAGUUGCAAAGAAUGUGUGAGUGAAUUCUCGAAAUCAAAUUAUUGCUUUUUGCAUUUUGCGCAACACUGAUGAGGCUCAUCAGAGCAUGCAUCAAACUCUUACUGGGUUAGUUUGCAUGCUGCUUGUGAAAAACAUCACACUUCAGAUCUGAUGACGGUUUGUGUGUCAAACACCCGAAGCUAUUUGUUUUCGUUUGGCGAAGUAUGUUCUCAAUUCGUAAAGGAGGAUUACAACUCAGUGCCUUUAGAUAAGGUGGGUUAUUUUGUUUUGUUUUGUUGUUUGGUAUAAAUCUUUUUUUUUUUCUUUUGAACAGACUCAUGACAUUUGGCUGAAUUCAAUGGUAUCACAAUAAAAAUGGAAAUGCUUUUAUGCUUUAUUAUUCUGAUGGCAUGUCUGCUUUUUUUUUUUCAAACUUAUCUGGCAUAGUGUAUUUGUGUUAAAAAGCAAUCUGUUGAUUUCAAUUUUAGUCACCCUCCAUUGUCACGCAAGCAGUUUUCCGUUCAGUGAUUCUUUGUAGACGUUAACUCUUAAGGUCCUCUUUAGUCUGUUUGCUUCUGUCACAGGUAAUGCAAUAUUCAACAGCCAUUUCAUUUAGCUGCUGCUUGUCCUAAGGUUUAUUGAACGAAUGAUUUUGCAGUAUAGCUACAAUAUGUUGACACUCUGCAUGGUCACCGUAAUCUAAAAUGCAAUGAUCAAUCAUUUUUUUAAAGUAUUUGUUCAGCAGAUAUAUAUGUAUAUGGAUGUAACUGAUCUACUUGAAAAUUCUAGAUUUAUUUUGUUUUUCCUCAGCGCUGUUCUGUAGUUUUUUUUUCCAUUACCAUGAAAUGAUUGACCAGCGCAAGUUAAUAUGUCUAUUGUAAUGACAUGCCAUCUAUUGAGAUCCAAUUUCUAUGAUGUA